UAACUAGACUGGUGCAUUGGGCGAGAAUUCUGCUGGUGUCAUAGGCACGGAUCGGGAUGAGAAGGAAUCUCGCUCUCCAUGCUGAUGGAAAAGACUGCGGGACUAUGAUGCACAGGUUGCAGCUUAUCCGCAGAUCUUCAUAACAUCACCUUCCUUCAAGGAGAGGGCUAAAUAAAAACGCGUCGAUGUGUGCAUAAGAUAAGAAACCAUGGCUCGGGUACGGACUUGGAUUUUCGUUGCAUUCUUCUACCUCACUGAUCCUACAGGGGUUGCUAGAGCCGAGAUAUACAAGGAAACAUCGUGGAACGAACGGCGGAACGACAGCUCCGUUUUACAGGCGGCUACCAAACCCCAGCGAUUAAUUCACAGUGUUCAUUCAACAAACGAAAUUAAACACAACCAACUGAAUACGAGAGUCCGAAACAACAGCACAGCGGCUCAUGUUAUUCAUCUGGCACAUGCAAGCUUCCAGGUAGAUGUAUUCCAUUCAUCCUUUGUUUUGGAUCUAAACUUGAACCAUGAUUUGCUGUCGGCACAUUAUGUUGAAAAACAUUUCAAUGAGGAUGGAAAUACCACACAGAUAUCGGGUGGUGAACAUUGUUACUACCAUGGGGAAAUCAGAGGUCUUUCAAACUCAUUUGUGGCCAUGUCAACAUGCCAUGGACUGAAUGGUGUCUUUUAUGAUGGGAACUACACUUAUGUUAUUGAACAAAUGGGUGGCAAGACUGAUGAGCAUGAAGAGCAAUCUCAUAUUGUGUACAGAUCUCCUGGUCUUGAUAUCCCUCUGGGAUGUACAUCAUUUGGGUGCUUCUCUGAUGACAAUCCAUGGCAGGAAAUUCCUGACAAGGUCAAAAGGAGACGAACCAAAAGGCAGGUUCGGCGGGGCCAGCGCACUGUUCUGAGAGAAACCAAGUACAUUGAGCUGAUGGUUGUUAAUGACUAUGCAUUGUUCUCAAAUCAACGUUAUUCUGUCACCCUAACGAGCAAUUUUGCCAAAUCUGUUGUGAAUUUUGCCGAUUUUAUUUAUAAACAACAACUGAAUACACGGAUUGUGCUGGUUGCCAUGGAAACGUGGACAUCUGGAGACAAAAUUGACAACAAUGAAAAUCCACUGCUUACACUACGAGAGUUCAUGAAAUACAGGAGCAAUUCUGUCAACGUUCACAGCGAUGCAUUCCAUAUGUUUUCAGGCCGCAUAUUUCAGUCCAGUCACAGUGCAACAGCUUAUAUUGGAGGAAUCUGCUCUCCAACUAAAGGAGGAGGUAUUAACGAGUAUGGAAAAAUUAGUUCAAUGGCUCUUGCACUGACACAAAGUUUGGGCCUGAACCUUGGAAUGAUGUGGAAUACACAACGUAUAGGACCCAAUAAUUGUCGGUGCACUGACGUCUGGUUUGGUUGUAUAAUGGAGGAUACAGGGCAAUAUCCUCCACGAAAGUUUUCAAGAUGUAGCAUUACUGAAUAUCAUCUGUUUCUGCAGGCUGGAGGUGGCAUGUGUCUUUUCAAUAAACCUCUUAAGCUGGUUGACCCUCAAGAAUGUGGGAAUGGAUAUGUGGAAAAUGGAGAAGAGUGUGAUUGUGGAACCGCAGCUGAAUGUAGUAAAGUGGGUGGGAACUGCUGCAAGAAGUGUACCCUUACACACAAUGCAAUGUGUAGCAAUGGACUCUGCUGCCGAGAUUGUCAGUAUGAACCACGUGGAGCAAUUUGCAGGCAGGCCAUGAAUGACUGUGAUAUUGCAGAGACUUGCACAGGGGACUCCAGCCAGUGCCCUUGGAAUGUUCACAAACUGGAUGGCUACUCCUGUGACAAUGAUCAGGGCCGUUGUUAUGGUGGCAAAUGCCAUACCAGGGACAGGCAGUGCGAUUUCAUCUGGGGUCGUGGUUCCACAGAUCGGAUAUGUUAUGAAAAGUUAAAUGUUGAUGGAACUGAAAAGGGAAACUGUGGUAAAGAUGGACAGAACUGGCUUCAGUGCAGCAAGCAGGAUGUUCUUUGUGGUUAUCUUUUCUGUUCCAAUAUCACUCAGCCUCCAAGACGUGGAAUUCUCAAAGGGGACAUUACUAGUGUGACCUUAUACCAUCAAGACAAAUACAUGGAUUGCAGGGGUGGCCACGUUGAACUGGAUGAUGGCACUAGUCUUGCUUAUGUAGAAGAUGGUACCUCCUGUGGACCCAACAUGAUGUGUCUUGACCACAAAUGCCUACCAAUACAAGCCUUCAACCUGAGCUCUUGCCCACAGAGUGCAAAUGGAGACAUCUGUUUCAGCCAUGGGGUGUGCAGUAAUGAGGCAAAAUGUAUAUGUGUCCGUGACUGGACAGGGAAAGACUGCAGUGUUUUUGAUCCAUAUACAGAACCAUCUCCAGCAGAGGACACAGGACAGUAUAAGGGUCCUAGUGGUACCAAUAUCAUUAUAGGGUCCAUCGCAGGCGCCAUCCUGGUGGCUGCCAUUGUCCUAGGGGGUACUGGAUGGGGAUUUAAGAACAUUCGGAGAGGAAGAUCUGGAGGAGCUUAAGAAGUAUUUCAUCUAUAGAAUGUACACUCUUUGCUCCAGUAAAGCUAUUGUCUUCUGAUGUUCAAGGCAACGAACCUUUACGUUCAAAUGUCACUGUUGAUUACACCUAGGUAAUAACGGGAGAAUUCAGCUAUUCUGAAAUAAAACAAAGUGGAACUGUUACUUCAGAGAAGAACUGAAGAUAAACUUCUGAAACAUAGUGAAAUCCAAUGUCCACUUUUUAGGUUAUGGUUGCAUUCUUAUCUUAUGUACAAUUUGAGUAUAUGCUACACCCAUGGGACUAAAAUAGCAAAAGGUGAUCUGCUAUUUUGAAAGUGUGUAAUCCUACUUCAAAGUAUGCCAGUUUGGGAUUAAAAAGCACUCUGGGUCUUGCAACAAUAUUUUUAUGAUCAUGGCCAGUGCACAUGAAUAAGCAUUAUUUAAAAAGAGCUUGAGUGUGCAUCAACCAUACCAUAGGCCAAAUGUCCAAACUGACCAUCUCACCUGCCAUUAAACCCCCACACCUUCAAGUCCCUAUUCUGGUUACAUUCUCUUAUUUCCUGGUAUGUCCUGCUUUGAAUGUUAUUAGUUUGAAGAAUUCAAAGGAGCAUUGUUAGUGAGUGAGUGAGUGAUCCUUAAUUACCUGUGAAAUUUCCACUGGAAACAUGACUUCUAAUGAAACUUCCCAAAAUGGUAGAGACCAAAAUGAUUUAUUUAAACAUACUUGGAUACCAAUUUACAGCACAAGGAAAGACCACACAAAAUGGAUUUCUCAAAUCUCGGUUGAGCCACACAUCAAUGAGAAUUUAAAAAUAAAAUAAAAUGCAAAUGGUAUUUCAAUAUAAUAAGUCUUCAUAUUUUAGUAAUGGUGCACGUUUGAACCCUACACCCAGUUCAUUUACAGGGUUGCUAAAUGUGUGCAGAUACAGGUAUGCUCCAGAUAUAAUACCUGAUGUAUUAUAUAUGUGAGGAGUGUCCUUCCUAUAGCUUGAGAGCAGGACAUGCUUCAUCUCUUCUAUUUCACAAAUUUUAUGUUGGCAAUGAAAUUUAAGAAAAAUCAUGAAAAGAACCAUGCAAAAAUGUAUUCAAUGCAGAAAUUAAAUAUUUUUUUCUAGAUAUGUUUAGCCUAAGCCAAGGAAAUUAUACAUUUGUAACUACUUUCAUGCACUUCACAUACAGAAACAGGAUAGAACUUACAUUCUUCAGAUUUGGUUUUGGAGAAGUAAAAUGUAUAUAGGUCUUAAAACAUUAAAUAUAAAGAAAAUGAGAAUACACCAAAGGGCAUGGUAUAUCAUUUCCAAAAAUAGAUAAUGAUUAGAAAAUGAAGACAGCCUAUGUCUGUUUAGAAUCUAGUAUUAUCAAAUAUCAUUAUUAUAAUUAUAAAAUGAUUAUUAUUAUAACAAAUCAUUCCUGAUU